AGUCUGGGGAGCUCUGGUGAGGCGAGUCCAGUGGUUACAUGAGAAGCAGCACCUGGCUGAAGAAGGAGACAGAGAAGUAGCAGUUACAAACUAACGGUGAGUAAAACCCGGUCUGUGGUUCAACAGACGGCUCUUUAACAGUACCGACGAGCCUACAAGUCUGCGUGUUGUUUAAGUUACCGAUCGGGGGGUUAAUUUCCGGUUAUUCUGGAUGGUUUAUGAUAUAGAAGCAUCACAAAGCGUGUGUGCAUGAGGCUGCAGGUCAGUAACUCAGGUUAAUGUGAUCUUUCUAUAUCUUUUAAAGAAAUGACUGCUAUUGAAAGUGUUGUGUCUAUGUUAUGCAACAGGGGGAGGGGGCUCUGUACAGAGUCCAUCAUAGGGAGCAGUUGCAGAAUAAAACCAGCUAAUGAUGGACAAACGGAGGACCAAGCUCAUCAUUUCUAUUGUUAGUGCAAGUUCGGUGUGAAUGCUCCAGCUCCAACAGGCUUUACUUUGGCUCCAGAGGUGGUCUGCAGUGUGGGGGUGUGUUAAGUCUGCAGCUGCACAGAAAUGCAGUUUUCUAUCUGUAUGAGCAGCAGAAAAAAGAAAAGGAAAUCUGACUUAAGAGGAGUUUCUGUCCCCCUCUGUGCGUGCAGCUUAUCAGGCUGUCCUUCACUCUAUGUUAUCUCUCAUCUCCAAGGACAUAAUUCCCACAGUUACCUCAUUAUGUUUUGAUAACUGAGGCCUGUGGAAACAUGCCUCAUACUCAGACCUAUAAUGACACUGUGGCUGUUACACAUACAGGUACAGCACAUACCAGAGAUGUAAAUAUGAGCGUGUGUGUGCUGUUCUCUCUAUAAAUGUGUGUUUGUACUCUAAUUUAGUUUACUGCCAAUGUCUCUGCAGCAGAGGUGAACAGAGUCGAGACCAUGGAGGCCACCAGGAGACGGACACCGCACAGUGCCAAUGGUAAAAGAGCUGAAGAGGAGGAGCAGACAGCUCAGUGGGGCAGAGCAUGGUGAGUGUUAUGUCACAGCUGGUUAAUGGUCAUUGUGUUAUCAGCUGUAAUUUACCAAAGGCAGAGACAACAGCUACACCACAGAGGAACUCUACAAGUGAAAUGACAAACUUACUCCUCAUACACUGCUCCCUGUUUAAAGAAAUACCCACAAAUGUCUCCAUGUCAUGAAUAUUUCGCCCACCAUGUGUAAAGAAGAGUGAGACACGGUAGUUUACACAUAAAGUUACACAAGUUGAGUUACUUAAAGAAUAAUAAUAAUAAUGAGCUUUUAUCCUCAGGUGGGAUACCUUGAAGGACUUUUAAAUAAUGCGUUAACUGCAGAGAACAACUAAGAGGGCAGAUCAUCAUCAUAAUUUCUCUGGAAGAGCACCCAGAGAGCACCUUUUAAAACAUUUCAUACACUGCAGUGGCAAUAAGAGGGUUAGUUUUAAAAUGUUAUCAUGUAGGACGGCAUUAAGAGGGCACUAUUUCCAGAACUUAAUCUCUGUUAAAGAAUCCAGAAGCACUUUUUUAAUUUAAUUUAAUUCUCUGAAAAAGUCAUCCAUAUUUUGUUUUACAUAUGGAGAAUCCAGAGGGCACGCAAUAUUAAAAUGUUAUUUAGAGUGCACUUGAAAAGAACCCCCUAUAAACAGUAAAACAGCAUCCAGUGGGUUUUAUUUUUCAGCUUUAUUUUCUGGAAGGCCAUUUGCAGGGCCUUUUUUUGUCUGUUUUUUUUCCCACUUAUUAGAUCUGUCAGUUUUUUUUUCCUUGUGUGGUUGGUUGGUCUGUUGAUCCAUUCAUUAGUUGGUUAUUAUGUGAUAAUUGUUGUUGACUCACUUUUAAAAAGUCUUAAAAAGAGCGAUGUCUGUGUGCCGGAGCCAAAUGUCAGGUAUAUUAUCUUUCACUGUUGUUUGACUUUUUACAAUGCCUGACUUGUUGAUGUGAAUCUAUCUUUAUUCUGCAUUGAAGCAAAUAAUCUUUCUGAAUCUGUGUCACCCUGAGUUGUCUGUAUGGUUAAUCUCACCCACCUUUAGAACUUGUUGACUUGUGUGUGUUGAAUAUACAUACAGUCUGGCUGCAGACCUCCACUGUCAGGACCCUUCGUUGCAGACCUCCACUGUCAGGACCCGGGGCGGUGUUUUUUCUAAUGCACUCCAGUUUGUUUUUGCUGGAGACAGUAAGCAGUUGGAGUGUAGAUACAUUAUGCCAUCACACACAUUUAGGUCUUUUAACAGAGAUUUAUUGUUUUAAAUUAAUUUGUUGUGCAAAUUGAACUAACAGCUGUCUGUUUUGCUGAUGUAAUUAAAUACAAGUAUAAUUUCCACACUAGCAGAUCUAGGAGAGCUGUGGUCUAUGACAGUGAUGUAUUCAUAUAGCGCCCCCUGAUGAAGAACAUAGAAAAUCCAGGAUGUGGCGAAUAUAGGAUAUCAUGCGUGAACAGGAAGUAGUGGUGGUAUACAUAAAAUGCUGGCAGUAAAGAGACCAGUGGGUUCCAGAAGCAGCGUGUCCUUCAUUUCUUUAUUGUAAGACCCAGAGGCAUUACAACAAAUAAAAAAACUAUGUUUAAAGUAAUGUUUUAAGGUGAUCAUAGCUGUAUAUUAGGUUUUAUUCUUUAUCUUUAUGAUAACCCUCCAAGUGGUCAUCCCGUUUUGUAUUUUCCCUUUGUUGAACACAUGAAUACACAAAAAAAUCAUAUUAACAUUAUAUACAUAAAAAAAGCCCCAAGAAAUAAAGUAUAUUCACACGAGACAAAAAAAAUCCCAGUCUAAUCACUUUUAAUUUGGAAGGCUUCGAAUCAACUUCCGAUCCGUUCGUAGAGCGGGUUCUCACAGUGCACCUGAAUCAACGUCUGGUCUGCUCAGUGGAGCGGGUCCUCACAUUGGAGGUCUACAGCCAGACCCCUCUCAGUUUUUUACAAAAUGAUCAGACCAGGUGCCUGGUAUGGUUGGAAUUAUGUAAAAAAGACCUAUGUACCAGAAGUUUGGAGCUUGUGUUUUAGAUUUUUAGUCCAGAUCGUGGUUUAAGGUCAUACAGUUGUGUUAUUGCUACAGCAGAGAUUUUCCUUAUGUAGGGAGGAAGUGAGUGAGUGGUUAGAGUUGGGUUUUAGAAACUUGACAAACAGGCUCUGGUGUUUAGCCAGCAGCUGAUCAGACACAUCAAUUGUUAAGUGUCAAAGUUAUGUUCCCCGUCCUGUUAAUAAAAAUCCUCUUUUGCACUCAAAAAAAUUCACAGCGCAGCAGCAGUCUGAGUGAGACACUCUAAAACAGGUUUUAGAGCCAGAGAAACUGACAUCUGCAGAGUGUAUUUGAGGAAGCUGAAGCUGUGUUUGCAUUAUGAUGAGCUCCUUUACUGCUCAGUAUUAUUAAGCGUCAGGUAGAGAGGUUCUGCACAACGACAAAACCCAAACUGCUGAUCAUGACACUUCACUUAAAGCCUUUAAAGGUCAAACACAAAGCCUUUCUAUUUCUCAUUCGCAAAAUCCUUGUUUAGUAAAAGUCCUGUGUGGAAACAAUGACUUAAAUAAACAGGAUUUUUUAUAAACUUCACUCCUCUCUGAAAAAAAAUUUGUUAAGACUCAAAGUUUUCCUCACCUGAUGUACCAGUCUGUAUAUCUGACCCUGUUUCAGGGAGGUGGACUGGUUUUCCCUGAUCGGUGUGAUCGGCCUGCUCUGCUUUGCUCCCUUCAUCGUCUUCUACUUCGUGAUGGCUUGUGAUCAGUACCAGUGCUCCAUCAGCCAGCCUUUGUUUGAGCUGUUCCGAGGCGACGCCACACUGCUCUCCAUCUGGGCCCGGGCGCCCUCCUUCACCUGGACAGCUGCUAAGAUAUACGCCAUCUGGGUGGCUUUCCAGGUGAGAAUGAUGAGUGCUAAAGCAAAUGAUGCUACAGAAACUGUCUGUGGUGGUCAGUCCAUAGACAGUUAAUUGCAGUCAGAUGUUCUUAAUUAUUGGUUCCUUUUAUAUAUUAUACUUUGCGGUUCAUAAAGCUUCAGCCCUCAUGAGCUUCAUGUUGUUUCUAUAAGCCAAACCAUUAGGGAUGCUGGCUUUGAACUGUGAGCUGAUAAUAAGCUGGGUGGUCCCUCAGCUUUUUACAUCAUGUCCAUGAAAAAUAAUGUCAGAUUUCUCGGACCACAUGACAGUUUUCCUCUUCCCCUCAGUUCAUCUUAAAUAGACUCAGGUCCAGAGAAGUCCCUGGUGUUUCUGAUCACAUUGGUUUCUGGUUUCCUUUUUAUACGGUUCAGUUUGAACCUCAUUUGUGGACACUGCGAAGACUUGUGAUGGUCACAGGUUUUAGGAAGUGAUGACACUGUUUGUUUCAAUGUUGUUUGUUGCUCCAACUUCUGUAAAAGUCAAAUACGCAUUUAUCUUCAACAAAACAACAUUAUUCAGCAACAUUUGAUAUGCUGCCUCUGCACUAUACAUUAAAUUCUGACUCUAAGUUAGAUUCCUUCGUCUACUCAUAGUCAGCAGUCCUCCUCUUGGAUGGUAUCAGCAGGUAACAGUUUGUUGUCCUUCAGGUGUUCCUGUACAUGUGUGUUCCUGAUUUUACUCACAAAUUCAUUCCUGGUUAUGUUGGUGGAGUACAAGAUGGAGCACGAACUCCUGCAGGUAACAUGCGAAUAACACAUUAAGUGUUCAAAACAAUUGACUCCGAAGUCUCAACAGCUCCUGACACUGUCUUCCUGUGCUGUCUCCCUGUUUGCUGCUGCAGGUCUGAUUAAUAAGUACGAGAUCAACGGGCUGCAGUGCUGGCUGAUCACUCAUGCUCUCUGGUUUCUCAAUGCCCAGUAUUUCCACUGGUUUUCUCCCACCAUCAUCUUUGAUAACUGGAUCCCCCUCAUGUGGUGUAUGAACAUACUGGGCUAUACUGUGUCCACGUUUGCCUUCAUCAAAGCGCACUACUUCCCAACAAACUCUGAAGACUGGUGAGUGCUGGAGCUCCACAUUGUGGACCUGCUUGUCACUGAUGUGUGAUAAUGCCUGGUUUUAGUUCUUCCUCUUUUCUCAGCAGUGCCCAUAAGUAUGAACUCAGUUUUGGUGAUAAUGUAAGGACCAUUUUUCUUCCACCGUCUGUUCUUCUGCAGCAAGUUCACCGGGAAUGUUUUCUACAACUAUAUGAUGGGCAUCGAGUUCAACCCUCGCAUUGGUCAGUGGUUUGACUUCAAGCUUUUCUUCAACGGCAGACCGGGCAUUGUAGCCUGGACUCUUAUUAACCUGUCCUACAUGGCUAAACAGCAAGAGCUGUACGGCCAUGUCACCAACUCCAUGAUCCUGGUCAACCUGUUGCAGGUGAGCUGAGGGUGGGUACGAAUCAGUAUUUAUCAGGGACCAAGAAAACGUGUGCACCAGCUCUACAAACAGGAGAGUGCUCAGGACAGUGGCAUCUAGUGUCAAAUAUGAUGACAGGCAGCAGUGUGUGAGAUGGGUGGUGGUUUUCACUGAGAUCCCUGAUCAUACAUUCAGUGUAGUGCUAGUUCAGGUACGCCAUUAAGUCAGUCUUUGAGUCCGCACACAGUUGAUAAUCAAACCUAAAGGUAGAGUUGGUAAUCUGAUUUAGAUACACUUUUUGUUAUUCUGGUCAAAAUUAUGUUUAUGUUACGAUGGCGAUCAGUACAUAAUGUGGUCUUAAAAAAGUCCAAAACAUAGCUGCUGUCUACAGCAGGAGAAAAACUUGGAAAACACCAACCAGUCACAUCGUGUGGGUCCCACAUUUUUAAACCAAUCUAAUAAACCAAUCAAAUCCCGUGCUCGUUUCCUGCGUGUACAUGUUGGCAGCGUGCACAGGCCCAGAUUCAAUGCGCAAAGCUGAGCUGAGGGGGAUACAGCCACGCUGGAGAAUGGCAGAGAAGCUACCUAUGCCCAGAUUAAUGGUGACUUCUCCUCCUGCAAAAAAGAGCAUGAAAAGAAAGAUGGAGGCAGAGAAGGCCGAAGCAGGACAGAGUUUGGAGAAAGUGAGGGCAAAAACGGAAGUAAACAUCGGGACAGCUUUUCAGCAAUUCAGAGAACUUUAAAAGAAAGCUUUAAAAGUGAUGCCAUGGUUGCUCAUUUUUUGUUGGAAAGGUACAUUGAGGGUUUUGUUCCAGGGUGAUUUUUAAUCUUGGUCAAGUGUUAAGCCAUGUUGCUAUAUAUGUGGUCAUCCCGAUGCUAACGUUACCUUCUUUGUCCCUGCUGUGCAAAGAUUUCCAAUUUUAAGUCCCACACCUUGCGUCUGUUGUUCUGAAUCAGCAGACAGCAGCUCGCAUGCAUGUGAGCAGGGGCAUUGAGGGAGAGGUUAUGGACAAAGUCCUGAGGAGAUACUACUUUCAAAUUCCUGCUUGUUUGCCGUGAUUACAACCCUACCUUCAAUGCCAGCCCAUAAUAGCUGACAGCUCAGCUGAUUACCUUCCCUUCAUCCUACUGUCAAACAUGAAAAUGAUCAUUUCAUUUAAACAUCUUCAGCCUGCUGACUCUCCUUUCAUCCUCUACAAAGCGCUUUGCAACCCUCCUCUAGCCCUGUGCUGUGUCCAAUUUUACCAGUGUCAUUUGGACGGUCAUUGAUGCUGUUCUGUAUCCCUGGAGUUUUUACUGCUGCUCUCCCUGCUUUGGCUUUUCCUUACUGUAAACUGUGUCCUCUGAUUGGUCUGUGUUUUUCUUGUAGGCUAUCUAUGUGUUGGAUUUCUUCUGGAAUGAGGCGUGGUACCUGAAGACCAUCGAUAUCUGUCACGACCACUUUGGAUGGUAUUUGGGCUGGGGGGACUGCGUCUGGCUGCCUUACCUCUACACUCUGCAGGUAACAUAUACACAGGACAGAUUACGUUGUACACAGAGUAACGCUUUUGUUACCUCUCUGCUGGUACAGUGUUCCCUUCGUGCAGAAGGGUUGUGAAAGUACCAGAAACUUAAACUCUGACAAUAGUAACAUGAUAUAUAAAUGUAGGUGAUAUAAAUCUUUAGUUGUUUUGUUGUUACCUUGUUUUGAUACCACAGCAAUAAAAAGAAAUGGAGUCCUGGGCACAGAGAUGGUUCACUUAGUUAGGUUUGAUUUCUGACCUGCACACAGGGCUGGUUCAGAGGAAGUCACUGAGCUCAGACACAUAGACUGUGUUAAAGUAAUAAAAGACAAAAAUAUAUAUAUAUAUAUAUAUACAUGAUGCUCUUUUACUAACUUAUUCCAUCAUAAUAUAAAUAUGUAUUUCAUGUGUGUUCACAUGUAUGACUGUGUUUUUCCUGUUCAGGGUCUUUACCUGGUCUACCAUCCAGUCCAGCUCUCAGAUGCUCAUGCCCUGGCGGUCCUGCUGCUCGGCCUGGUUGGUUACUACAUCUUUCGCUCCACCAACCACCAGAAGGAUCUUUUCAGACGCACCGAGGGCGCCUGCACCAUCUGGGGCCGCAAACCAUCUUACAUCGAGUGUACAUACCACUCCGCUGAUGGCGGCCUUCACCACAGCAAGCUCAUGAUCUCGGGUUUCUGGGGCGUGGCCCGCCACUUCAACUACACCGGGGACCUGAUGGGCUCUCUGGCAUACUGCGCGGCCUGCGGCUUUGGACACAUUCUCCCAUACUUCUACAUCGUGUACAUGACCAUCCUGCUGGUCCAUCGCUGUGUGCGUGACGAGCAUCGCUGCAGCAGCAAGUAUGGGAAGGACUGGAAACGCUACACGGAUGCCGUGCCCUACCGGCUGAUUCCUGGAGUGUUUUAAAGAGAGGAAGCGGAGGAGGAAGGAGAAGAGUUCAUAACGAGCAAAACAAACCUGCAGACUGUGUGGUUUUCCCCAUCAAAAAUAUACCUCACUGAUUAUAUACUGGCACUAGAUUUUAUACAGCCUGUUUCCAUGUGUAUAGAUUGCUGUGCUCUGUUUGCGCAAUAACAGCUGAUUUCCACAUUCCUCUGCUGUAGCAGACUCUCUGAUACACCAGCUCUGAUUGUUAGACAUAGAUACAACUUUUUUUAUAUCAUCUACAAAGUCUCAGUUAAACUAAAUGGGUUUAAAUGAACAGAUCAGAUGAGAAUCUUUCAAAAUGGUCCAAUCAGAAUCAAAAUGACUGGUAUGAAGACUUUGAUCAGAGUGAAACAGAAAGAGGAGAAGUUUUCUUUUUUUUUUUUCGGUUUGCACAACCACAAUCACUCAUUCCUGUUUUGUUGUACCACCAAAUAUUUUUCACACGCUUGUUUCUUUCUCUCAUGACUUGAGAUAGCGCAAGUUCACUUUCAAUCAACAUAACAGCGCAAAACUGGUGGGAGUAUGAAAUGGGGCUCCUUUCAUUCAUCUGUUUUUUCUGCAAAAUGAGACAACAACAGAAGCCACCAAUCCACACAAUAGACAUUCAGCCUUCAUCUCUAAGACUGUGUUGCAGUGUUACAAAGCUGGGCUGACGUUGACAGACUGCAGAGAUGUCCUGUUCUGAUGUCAAGACACUAAUAAUGGUACCCCCCCCCCCUCCCCAAAAGAGAUCAGGCCUGUUUCAGUCCAGUUUGGACUGUUCAGACUUCUAGCAUGAGCAGCCCACCAAACUUAAUUAUUCUAGCAAACUGCAUCAACAUCAGCCAAAAAUACACUUAGAAUGACAAACGUGACUCUGUACCAGUUCUGUUUAUGUCAGGAGCAUUAAAAACACUCUGUAGUCCUACCCUGGGAGUGUUUGCUGCUGCUCUCCUUGCCUUAGCUUUUCAUAAAACAGGGAGGAGUGUUUUUUUUUUUUUUUAAACAAAAGCCUCCACCUGAUUUCACACGAGGCUUUUAUUUUGAAGUUGAAUCCCGUAUGGUUAACAAGCCAAAGACAUAUCCUGCUCAGCGCUUAAUCUGAGCUUUAGAUAAACUUAGGAGAUAUGAGCCAGUAUCAACCCUCCCUCCCUUACUCCUUGUCAAUCGUUGCAGUUCAGGGUCCAGCCAGUUUGCUUGGGACCCUGAUAAACACAGUACAGCUUGGUUACUUUUGGUACUUUUACCAACUUUUGACAAUGGAAACAAAUAAUUUCAGACCUGAAUCAAUCAUACUCCAUGUGAUCAGACUAAGAGAAAGAAAUCAUUCAAACCCAUCCUGUCAGUCUCCUGGAGAUCCACUGGGUGUUGCGAGGUCCAGAUACUGCAGCUCUGUUAGGAUUAAAUAUUAUCAGGAUAUUUCUGGAUUUGUCAAAUACAAGACAUUGAGUCAGCUGAUAGAUUCAAGAAAUCAAAACCAGGAUCAGUGUCUCUGACACGCUGAAGUGACAGUCUGUAAAUCAUCUUUCCUUCAUGUAUCAUGUAACACAAACUACUAAAAGUUUAUUCUUUAUUUUUUUUGUUUCAGAUGACGCAGAUAUGAAUAGGAGUGGGGUUUUCUGUUUCUAACCACUGAUUUUAUUUUGAUGCUGCCUUACUAACAAAUGGACUAAACGUUCACCCCUCUGAUGUGGCCCUUAUGGAAGACUGGUGUUUUUGUUGAUGAGUGCUCUGUGUUUACCUUAAUAUUUGAAUAUCUUUCAGCUAACUCAUUUGAACUUACCUUGUUGAGAGUCCAUUAGACUUGAUAAGGACCUCUGAGACUACAGAUACAUUUGAAUAGCAUCAAACAGCACUUCUAUUCUUUCUGAUGCUCCUGCAGCUUGUUAGAGCUCCUAUCAAACCUUGUAGCUGAUACAAUCUCAUGUCCAAACAUCAUAUUUGUUUGAUGUUUUUUCGUUGAAUAAUCAGCACUGCCUUUCUUACAACAUAAAGUUUGAUCUUGUCCUCUACCGACA